AUGGCGCGUCCUGGCGGGCAGCGUGGCUCUCGGGGCCAGCCCCCCAAGCGCAAGAAGCGUGACGAGUUCUUCGAGGACGAGGAUGCAGUGGACUUUUUCGAGGAUGCCGGAGACAACCAGGCCGGGGAAGAGGCGGACGAGGGAGAACCAAGCAGCGAUGAGGAGGAGACAGCGGAGCAGAAGCGGCUUCGACUAGCCAAGGAGUACCUGGCCGGCAUCAGGGCGGUGGAGGCUGCGGGCCGCGACGGGGCCGAGGACGGCGCGAGCGACGAGGACGGGCUGGACGCGGCCGUGGACCGCCGGCUGCGCCAGGACGCCGCCGAGGCCAUGGGGUGGGCGCAGCGCGCCCUGGCGGCGCGUGUGGUGCUGCCCGAGGGCGUCCCCCGCUCCAUCCCCGGGCAGAAGCUGCAUAGGGGCCACUCCCAGAGCGUGACCGCGCUGGCGCUCACCGCCGACGACCGCACGCUCUACUCGGUGUCCAAGGACGGCACCAUCCUCCGCCACGACAUCGAGUCCGGGAACAGGGAGCGCAUGUCCUCCGGCGCGGCGGCUGGCCCCAGCGGUGCCCCCGCCGCCCACUGGGUCACGGCGUGUACGUCGCGGCGGGGCGGCGGCUCCCGUGUGGUGCACGUCUGGGACACCCGCGCCGGCCUGGCACCCAUAAAGUCCUUCCCCGGGCACAAGGACGCGGUCACUGCGCUCGCCUUCCGCCUGGGCACGCAUGAGCUCUUCUCCGGGUCGCUGGACCGAUCCGUGAAGCUGUGGAGCCUGGACGACCUGGCCUAUGUCGACUCCCUCUUCGGCCACCAGGCAGAGGUGCUGGCCCUGGACGCGCUGCGCACGGAGCGCGUGCUCUCCGUCGGCGGCGACCGCACCUGCCGCCUGUGGAAGAUCCCGGAGGAGACGCAGCUUAUCUUCCGCGGCUACCACCCUGUGAUCGAGAGCUGCGCCUUCACCAAGGGCGGCGAAUGGGUGACCGGUGCGGCAGACGGCGCGCUGGGCCUCUGGAGCGCGGCGCGCAAGAAACCGCUGCAGAGCAUCCGUGCCGCGCACAGCGCGGAGGCAGACGCCAGUCCCCUGGGCAGCAUCGGGGGGAAUGCGGCGGCGGGUGUCCUGUCCGUCGCCGUCUGCCCCGCUUCGGACCUUGUGGCAACUGGAGCCGGGGACGGCCUGGUUCGCCUGUGGAGCCUGGACAAGGGCACCAAGGGGACCAAGGGCCUCAGCCAGCUGGGCGGGCUCCCCGCGCGUGGCUUUGUCAACGGCCUGGCCGUCGCGCGGAGCGGGCGCUUUGUGGCCGCCGGCAUGGGCCAGGAGCCGCGCAUGGGGCGGUGGGGGCGCGACGGGAAAGCACGGAACGGCGUCCUCAUCCUGCCGCUCACGCUGCGCGCCGAGGAUGCAGCCGAGGAGUGA